UGCCUUCAGCUGCCGGCGGAUCGCGCUGGGGCCGCCGCGGCUGCUGCGGAAGCAGGGAGAACCGGAAAACAACAGCCCGGCGGCCCGGCCCCAGCUCAGCCCCCGGCGUGCGGAGCCGCCCAGAUAUUUUUGAGUGCCUACUAUGUGCCAGCCUGUGCUAGGCAUUGGAGAUACAGGUGGAAAAUUUCAACGUGUUCCCCGCUCUCCUGGUGCUCAUCAGCCUGUGAGAGUUAUGUCAUGCCCAGACCAGCAGAGGGCUCCAUGAGGAUUUAUAGAAGAUGCCCCGCCUCUCGGCGCCUUUGGUGCUGCUUCCCGCGUGGCUAGUGAUGGUCGCCUGCAGCCCGCACUCCUUGAGAAUUGCUGCUAUCUUGGAUGACCCCAUGGAGUGCAGCAGAGGGGAGCGGCUCUCCAUCACCCUGGCCAAGAACCGCAUCAACCGCGCUCCUGAGAGGCUGGGCAAGGCCAAGGUCGAAGUGGACAUCUUUGAGCUUCUCAGAGACAGCGAGUACGAGACUGCAGAAACCAUGUGUCAGAUCCUCCCCAAGGGGGUGGUCGCUGUCCUGGGACCCUCGUCCAGCCCAGCUUCCAGCUCCAUCAUCAGCAACAUCUGCGGGGAGAAGGAGGUCCCUCAUUUCAAAGUGGCCCCGGAGGAGUUUAUCAAGUUCCAGUUCCAGCGAUUCACAACCCUGAACCUCCACCCCAGCAACACGGACAUCAGCGUGGCUGUCGCUGGGAUCCUGAACUUCUUCAACUGUACCACCGCCUGCCUCAUCUGUGCCAAAGCAGAAUGCCUUUUAAACCUGGAGAAGCUGCUCCGGCAAUUCCUUAUCUCCAAGGACACCCUUUCAGUCCGGAUGCUGGAUGACACCCGGGACCCCACCCCGCUCCUCAAGGAGAUCCGGGAGGACAAGACCGCCACCAUCAUCAUCCACGCCAACGCCUCCAUGUCCCACACCAUCCUCCUGAAGGCAGCUGAACUAGGGAUGGUGUCGGCCUAUUACACAUACAUCUUCACUAAUCUGGAGUUCUCACUGCAGAGAAUGGACAGCCUUGUGGAUGACCGGGUCAACAUUCUGGGAUUUUCCAUCUUCAACCAGUCACAUGCUUUCUUCCAAGAGUUUGCCCAGAGCCUCAACCAGUCGUGGCAGGAGAACUGUGACCAUGUGCCCUUCACGGGCCCUGCGCUGUCCUCGGCCCUGUUGUUUGACGCUGUCUACGCCGUGGUCACCGCCGUGCAGGAGCUCAACCGCAGCCAGGAGAUCGGCGUGAAGCCUCUGUCCUGCGGCUCGGCCCAGAUCUGGCAGCACGGCACCAGCCUCAUGAACUACCUGCGUAUGGUAGAAUUGGAAGGUCUCACCGGCCACAUUGAAUUCAACAGCAAAGGCCAGAGGUCCAACUAUGCCUUGAAAAUCUUACAGUUCACCAGGAACGGUUUUCGGCAGAUCGGCCAGUGGCACGUGGCGGACGGGCUCAGCAUGGACAGCCGCCUCUACGCCUCCAACAUCUCCGACAGCCUCUUCAACACUACCCUGGUUGUUACCACCAUCCUGGAAAACCCGUAUUUAAUGCUGAAGGGGAACCACCAGGAGAUGGAAGGCAAUGACCGCUACGAGGGCUUCUGUGUGGACAUGCUCAAGGAGCUGGCAGAGAUUCUCCGGUUCAACUACAAGAUCCGCCUGGUCGGGGACGGCGUGUAUGGUGUUCCUGAGGCCAACGGCACCUGGACGGGAAUGGUCGGGGAGCUGAUCGCAAGGAAAGCGGACCUGGCCGUGGCGGGCCUCACCAUUACUGCGGAGCGGGAGAAGGUGAUUGAUUUCUCCAAGCCAUUCAUGACUCUGGGAAUUAGCAUUCUUUACCGAGUUCAUAUGGGACGCAAACCUGGCUAUUUCUCCUUUCUGGACCCAUUUUCUCCUGGCGUCUGGCUCUUCAUGCUUCUAGCCUAUCUGGCCGUCAGCUGCGUCCUCUUCCUAGUGGCUCGGUUGACCCCCUAUGAGUGGUACAGCCCCCAUCCGUGUGCCCAGGGCCGGUGCAACCUCCUGGUGAACCAGUACUCCCUCGGCAACAGCCUCUGGUUUCCCGUCGGGGGCUUCAUGCAGCAGGGCUCCACCAUCGCCCCUCGAGCCUUAUCCACCCGCUGCGUCAGUGGCGUCUGGUGGGCAUUCACGCUGAUCAUCAUCUCAUCCUACACGGCCAACCUAGCGGCCUUCCUGACCGUGCAGCGCAUGGAUGUGCCCAUUGAGUCAGUGGAUGACCUGGCUGACCAGACCGCCAUUGAGUAUGGCACAAUUCACGGAGGCUCCAGCAUGACCUUCUUCCAAAAUUCCCGCUAUCAGACCUACCAACGCAUGUGGAAUUACAUGUAUUCUAAGCAGCCAAGUGUGUUUGUGAAGAGCACUGAGGAGGGAAUCGCCAGGGUGUUGAAUUCCAACUACGCCUUCCUUCUGGAAUCCACCAUGAAUGAGUACUACCGGCAGCGAAACUGCAACCUCACUCAGAUUGGGGGCCUGCUGGACACCAAGGGCUAUGGGAUUGGCAUGCCAGUCGGUUCGGUUUUCCGGGAUGAGUUUGACCUGGCCAUUCUCCAGCUGCAGGAGAACAACCGCCUAGAAAUUCUGAAGCGCAAAUGGUGGGAAGGCGGCAAGUGCCCCAAGGAGGAAGAUCACAGAGCCAAAGGACUGGGGAUGGAGAAUAUUGGUGGAAUCUUUGUGGUUCUUAUCUGUGGCUUAAUCGUGGCCAUUUUUAUGGCUAUGUUGGAGUUUUUAUGGACUCUCCGACACUCGGAAGCUACUGAGGUGUCCGUCUGCCAGGAGAUGGUGACCGAGUUGCGCAGCAUCAUCUUGUGUCAGGACAGUGUCCACCCCCGCCGGCGGCGAGCUGGGGUGCCUCCGCCUCGGCCCCCCAUUCCCGAGGAGCGCCGGCCGCGCGGCACCGCGACGCUCAGCAACGGCAAGCUGUGCGGGGCCGGGGAACCCGACCAGCUGGCGCAGAGACUGGCCCAGGAGGCCGCCCUGGUGGCCCGCGGCUGCACACACAUCCGCGUCUGCCCCGAGUGCCGCAGGUUCCAGGGCCUGCGGGCACGGCCGUCUCCCGCCCGCAGCGAGGAGAGCCUGGAGUGGGAGAAGACCACCAACAGCAGCGAGCCCGAGUAGCCCGGGGGGCUCCGGACACGUGCAGGCCGGGCGGGGAGGCAGGAGGGCAGGCCGGGGGGCGCUGCGCUCCGCAGGGAGCCGGGACUCGUGGGGCGUCCACGCUUCUCGCCCGAGCCUGGAUCCAAGACCUUGACCGAAAGAGCGCAGAGCCUGCCGCCCUGGCCAGAGCCAGCGCCCGGGGCCGGGAGCCAGGACCACCGAGAGACGUUGUACCCCAGCGGCAAGGGGACGCCCUCCCUGCUGGCCACAAGGACCCAUCUUCUCCCAGUGGGCCUUUUCCUCCCGCCAGAAUUACAGAGUCUGGGGUGGGGGUCCCUGCUCAGACCUGUCUAAUGAAUUGGUGGAAUCAUCAGUGGAAUUUCCCCUAGGAAGGGGCCAUUGUACCCUGGGUCUAGUUCUUACAGGAAAACAAAUUAAACUCAACAGGGAAGUUUUUCUUUUCUGGAUUUGUA